CAUGACGGCGUUCCCGCGGCUGCGCUCGGACAUUUUCCCGCAACGCUCACGUUAUUGCAACCACAUUUCCGCCAUGCAUGACCCGCACGCGUCUCCAAGCUCCCAUUGAGCCACUCCUCCCCCGGCAAUGCAACUGCAAAGAUAUGGGCCCGCGGUAUUAAAACGCCGGACGACUCAAUGCCUCGCUGGCCGCGCCAUCGCUUCACCACCACACUCACACUCACUGCUGUCGCCGAGAUGUAGUGCCCUCCUCGCCUCCCGUGGCCGGCGAUUCGCAUCCACGGCGGGCCCGGAGCGUGUAGCUGUUCUUGGUGGGGGCAUUGCGGGGCUGGCCAGCGCGUACUUUACUGCCAAGGAGUUUCCUGAGUCGAAGGUUACGCUGUUUGAGAGCGCGGGGAAUGUUGGGGGGUGGAUUAAGAGUCGGAGGGUGGAUGUUGGCGAGGGGAAUGCGUUGUUUGAGUUGGGGCCGAGGAGUCUGCGGAAUAGCACUGUUACGGCGAGCUUGAUUCAAGAACUCGAUCUCAUCGAUGAGGUGCUGUUUACGGAGAAGACGGCUCCCGGCGCAAAAAACCGCUUCAUAUUCUACCCUGAUCGCCUCAAUCGCCUCCCCUCCGAGGCACCGUCCCUGUCGUCCCUCUUCGAUCUCUGGCGCACGGGCAUCCUCAGCGGCGCAUUUGGCCUCAUCAAGGAACCCAUGAUGCCGAGUCGUCCGUCUCUCCUCUCGGAUGAAUCGGUUGGCGCCUUCCUCGCACGUCGCGUCGAUAAACGGAUUGCAGACAACAUUGUCUCGGCGGUGUUCCACGGGAUCUACGCAGGCGAUGUGUGGAAUUUGAGUGCGAAGACACUGCUGAGUCUUGCGUGGCAGCUGGAAGGUAAAUAUGGCAGUGCACUUGGAGGGUUCUUCAAAUUGCAGAGCGAGGACGAGGGGAAAGGGCAGCUUACGAUUGCGCAUCCGCGGGAUGUCGAAGUGGCGCGCAGCAUGAACGAGGAGAUUGAUUUGGACGAGGAUUUUGCAUCGGAGCUGAAGGAUGCGAGCAUGUACACGUUCAGAAACGGACUGCAAACGUUGGUUACUGGGUUGACGGAGCGGCUGGAGGAGAUGGGCGUUGAGAUUAAAACCAACACGCCCGUGCAGACCUUCAAGCCGGCGUCAUCAGGAGAAAAGGGCGUGGAAAUCGUGGCUGGCCCCCCUGAUUCCACCACAACGCAAACCUUCGACCUCGCCAUUUCCUCCCUCCGCAACCCCGACCUGACACCCUAUGUCACCGUUCAGACGGUAAACCUCUACUUCGCCACACCACCCGCCUCGCUCCUCCCCGUCCAAGGCUUCGGCUACCUGAUCCCGCAAAGCAUCCCGUUCGAGCAAAACCCCGAGCGCGCCCUCGGCGUCAUCUUCGACUCGAGCGCCAUCGUCGGGCAAGACACAGCCCCAGGCACGAAACUCACCAUCAUGAUGGGCGGCCACUGGUGGGACGGCUGGGCGGCGUAUCCCACCGAAGAAGAGGGUCUAGCCAUGGCGCGCGCAGUGCUGAAGCGCCACAUCAACAUUACCGAGGAGCCGGUGCAUUCCAUUGUCAACCUCAGCCACGAAUGCAUCCCACAGUACACGGUUGGGUAUGAGGACCGGCUGCGGGACUUUGCGGACGGGAUUGCGAGCGAGUUCAAGGGCAGGCUGAGAGUUGUGGGGAGUCAGUUCAAUGGUGUGGGCGUGAAUGAUUGUAUUACUGGGGCGUGGAAUGUUGCGAGGGGUUUGAGGGGUGAGGGGUGGAAGGGUGAUAGUGUUGGGCUGGAGAGGGUUAGGGAUCGCAGGGAGUGGGUUAAGGUUGCGGCGAGGGAGAUGGUGUGGAGUGGGAGGGGGAGUAUCAAGGGGGCGGUUGGUGGGGGGAGAGGUGGUAUCGGUGGUGGUGUGUAG